AUUUUUAACAACAGUUUUAAUUCCAGAAACAAAUAUAUAAUUGAAAUUCAAAGCGAAUAAUAGUGUCUCGCAAUUGAAGUCGUCGUUGAAGUGGUUUUUUGGCAACAAAUUGUUUGUUGGGAUUAAAUGGUGUGAAAAUAAUAGAAAUAAUAAUGUGGUGUUUAAACCGCAACCGAAGUGUUAAAUUCAAGUUAAUUAAAACAGUGGUAAUCGUAUUGUUUGUGUUAUCGGGCACUCAAUUCUUCAAUAUAUCGCUAACGUUCACGAGAGGCGUCUGGAGAGCGCUUCUCGGCGAAGACCGCAUACCAGAGCCGGUGCCCAAAAAGAAGUCAUUCUUCGGCAUCGAUGUCAUCAACUUUGAUAAGACAGGACCGGAGGGAGAGAUCCCAAACUACAUAAUCCGCGGAGCGAUGGCCGGCAUUCUGGCCAUCGCUCUGGCGGUGAUCGGACUGACGGGCAUUUGUAACGACAGUUUUUAUUUGGUGUCGGCGUUCACUAUAACGAUGACCACAAUUGUGGUAUUGAGCGGUACUCUAGUCAUGAUAUAUGGCUCCAGAUAUGACGCUAACCUACCGAUCAUAGUCUGCGCCUCCAUUUGUAUCGUUAUGAUUGUGUUUGCGGUUGUCAUCAGAAGAGCCAAACUCUUGUCCUAUUAA